AUGUUCAAGAGAGAUAAACGUCCAGCAGACAAUACAUCUGCAUUUUAUAAUGGAAGUUCGAGCCCAUUAGUAGAACGAAAAGACAAGGUACCUUCACCUAUAUCAUCAAAUUUUCAGGGAGUAAAUAAAGAAAUUGCUUCUGCAUUAUUGCAGUCAACAACAGAACCAGUAUCAUGGGACACAUUAGAUCCAUCUUCUGUCUAUGAUGUGCCCAUAAAUGCUGCUACGACUGCAAAAUCGUCUACUGUAACACGGCAAUCAAAACCAGUUGUUUCUUCUUCAACAUUGCAACCAUCUGCACUACAAGCAUCAUAUAAACAAGGGGCGCAAUCAGCAUCUACAGCAGCACAUCAAAUUCAAGUUGAUAAAAUGGAAGUAAUACAUAUUAUUGCAAACUAUGCAGUGGAACCUCUCGAAAUGUUACAUCUUGUCGAUCGUUGGCUUCAGCAACUUCUCGAUGAAUUUUUGCAACAAUGCGAUCAUUUUAAACAUCGAUUAGCUGAAAAAUGGCAAAAUCAAGAAUUAACAAAUAUUAAAUAUGAUGAUAACAGCGAUAAAAUUCGUAAAAUUAAUAGUGUAUACAAGGAACUAGAGAGAGCGCGUGAUACUAUACUCUCACGUGAAUCAUUUGAUGAGUUGAAUAAUUAUUUACGAACAGUUGAUGACAAUCUAGGGAAUACUACAAGAGAUGAAAUAAAAGAAAAAUUCAACUUAUUACUUCAAGAUUAUUUUCGAAUUUUACAAUGUUUACAGUUUGUAGAUACAGUAACCAAAAGUGGUAGUGCAGAUACUAAUAUCAAUGAUAUAAGGAAGAAUCUAUUGAAAUUAAAAGAAUUAAAUAAUAAACAAUCACAUACAAUCUGUAUUGUUGGCUUAGAAAAAGCUGGUAAAUCAACAUUUAUUAAUGCACUUCUUGGUUAUGAACUUUUACCAACAGCAAGUGAGCGAUGUACACAGAUACGCACCGUUCUAAAACCAACAUCUGAGGAUGAUGGCCAACAAUUGUUUGCAACUGUCAAGUUCUAUGAUGAGCAAGAAUUUGGUGUACUUUUCGAUAAAAUGACAAAGAAAACAGAUGAAAAUCAACAACAAUUCGAUCAACGUAAAGCAAAAGUAAUUGAAGAACGAGAAAUUUUGAAAGAAAAAUGUCCUGAAGAACGUUUUUAUAUUACUGGUCGAAUCGAUGAAAAUAGAGAACGUGUGGAUAUUAUGGAUCAAUUACAUAAAUAUAUAACUGGAGAAGUGUAUAUUAAUAUUAUUAAAGAAAUUGCAAUUUACACAGACAGACUACCAGGUAUUUAUUGA